UUGUCAGGUGAAUGUCGACCAUGUACCGCUAUUUGUUUCUCUGUACCAAGCAGAGGUGCUGAUAAGAGACUCAGUGCAACCAAGCAUAUUCCACAGUUUGAGCCAGAGAAGAAAGAACCUCCGCUAUGCGCUUCUUGUGGUCAAGAGAUUUUUGGGCCUUGCAUGACAGCGCUUGCUCCGAAUUCGUCUUGUGCCCAGAAGUAUCAUCCUUUCCACUUCAUUUGUACGUACUGUACAAAGCCACUGAACCUAAGAGGCACAUACAAAGAAUACCAGAAGAAACCCUACUGCCACGAAUGCUUCUACCGACUAUACAGCGGACACAUUUAUGAAAUAAGCUGA